CGGUGCUGAUCUUUAACUCAAUCAACUUAAUCUCCCAAAACUGCAACAACGGGAUUUGAAAAGAAGAAGACUUUGCUGAUUGAUGUGUUGAUGUAUGAUUUCUGUUAACAUUCUGGAUUGGUCUCUAAAAAUGCUAUCUAAAGAACAAAUUGACGAGUUUCACUCAAAAGGCUAUUUGGUGCUGAAGGACCUGUUCACCCCUGCUGAAUGUGAUGCACUGAUGAAAAGAUGUGGCGAGUUUGUUGAUGAUUUUGAUUUCAGUACACAUCCAAAAUCAGUUUUUUCAACAGUAUCACCAAAAAAUGAUGAUUAUUUUAUGGCCAGUGUAGACAAAAUAAGAUUCUUCCUUGAGGAUGGAGUUUUGGAUGAAAAAGGUAACUUAAACAGAAGCAAGCAUCUGGCAAUAAAUAAAAUGGGUCACGGCUUCCACUAUCUUGAUCCCAUUUUCAAAAAUAUGACUUUUGACAAGAGAAUACAGAAUAUAAUCAAGUCCCUAGAAUUUAAGAAGCCAAAGAUCCCACAAAGUAUGUACAUCUUCAAGCAACCUAAAAUUGGCGGAGUCGUCACCCCGCACCAAGAUGCGACGUUUUUGAUGACAAAACCCUCGAAGGUGGUCGGGGUAUGGAUAGCCUUAGAGGAUGCAACGCUUGAAAAUGGAUGCUUGUGGUUUAUACCUGGCUCUCACACAAAGCAGGUCACACGAAAGAUGAUAAGAAACCCGGAAGGUACAUCUCCACCCACUAUAUAUGUUGGGAAAGAAGAGGAUUACGACAUGUCAAAGUUUAUUCCUGCUGAAGUCACCAGAGGUUCAUGUGUUCUUAUUCACGGAGAAGUUGUUCAUAAAAGCGAGCAAAACACGUCAGAUCGGUCUCGACAGAUUUACACGUUUCAUAUCUACGAAAGCGAUCAAACAGAGUGGACAAAAGAGAAUUGGCUUCAACCCACAGACGAGCAUCCUUUUCCAUUAUUAUACACAAAUGAAGACUAAGGACAAACUUUCUCCAAACAAGGACCCAUUGAUUCGCAAAUUUUCACAAUCUAUAAUAAAGCUUUUAACAAAUUAAAAAAUUUUUUGCAAAAAUUUUCCCUUUUAUCUACUUUUUAAAGUACCAUUGUCUAGGCUUUGUUUCAGCUAUUGCUUAACUUAAUCACACAAAAUUUUUAUCGGUAAUAAAAUUGAACAGAAUUUAGAUCAGCUUCUAAAUAACUGAAUAUCAUAUUUUCGCUUGUGGCUAGUUUCGUAGAUUAUUAUAUAGGUUUUUCA